CAGUCAGUCAGCCAGUGCUGUGAGAGAUGCGCUGGAUGCAUUCAGUGACGACUCACUCGUAAAGGGAUUUACUAAAAACUCUGUCAAGAUGCUCUCUGGGAAGACUGUCAAACUUAUCCUUUAUGAGCUUCUGCAGUUCGCAUGUCUCUGUAUUCCUGUGUUUGUAGUAAUGGAACGCUUUGCUUCUCUCAUUCGUUUUGUGAAGUCUAGUGCCACUGCCUAUUGGCUGGUGGUAGCGGCCUUUGUGGCCUAUGUGGCGCUUGCCACCCUGUUUGUGUGGGUUCCUUUGAAGUACUUCAUCCUCAAGACACAGCGCUUCUCAGAAGUGACCAACUGGAGACCUGUUACACUUGCAUAUGUGGUCCUCAGCACUUUACCAUGCUUUGCUAUCAUCAUAGCCAGCUCAAAGGUUCAGGUUGACGCUGACGUUAAGUACGACCGCUUCACUGAGCUCCCCGUCUCUCUGGUCUUGUUCUCCCUCAUUUGUGUGGACAUAGUGGAGAAAAUUCGUCCUCUUUGCCUGACAGGACGGGCAAGCGGAUUAGAGUGGGAUUUUGAGACGCGGGGUCCGGUGUUGACUCACUUGGAGCAGGUGACAUCAGUGUCCGGACAGCUGCAGGCUAACGGACGGGACGGCAACGCAUCUCCAAGGUCGCCGGUCAAGAAUGGGACACUAUCGGGACGUUGGAGAGACACAGAUGAUGGAGUCGCCUCUCGCAACAGCACCACGGCAUAUCUCUACUCCUCUCAUUCCUCUCACUCAGGUCCGUUUCGCUUUGUCUGGAAUCGAGAACCUCGACAUGACCUCUUUGUGGCCACCUUCAUGUUUUGGUUUGACACUGUGGAAAUGCUGAGGGUGGGCGGGUUGGAAUUGGUGUAUUACUCAGCGUGGGUGUUUCCUGUGUACAUACUGGCUUAUCUGUCCACUCUACGUGUUGCUAUAACUCCAGACAGUCCUUUGCUGGCUUCUUCAAGUGUCCUCUCCCAAGAUUUGCCUUUCUUGGUGUUGCGUAUUUGCCUGUUGGCGGUUUUCGGUUACGUUACGCCUGUGCUGUACAUACUAAAGAACAUUUUCAUUGUGGUAUCUUUCAUUUACUUUGUCUUUAUGACUAAAUUAAAACUGCUCAACAGAGGAAGGAUGUUCUGAGGGCAUUAUGGGAAGAAAUCUGUAAAUACGUUUUGGGGUUCAAAAUAAAUGUGUAUGUUUCUUGAUUUUUAUUUUUAUUUUACAGGUGGACAAAACUAUACACAGACAUCUGAAUUUUUGUUUAGUCAUUCUAUUAAUAUUUAUUCAAAAAUGUUUUGGUAUAAUACUAGUCAAAAGUUUGUAAUAAUUAAGAAUAAUGUUUUUGAAAGAAGUCUCUUAAACUCACGAAGACUGCAUUUAUUUGAGCAAAAAUAAUAAUAUUGUGACAAUUGUUCUAUUUUAAUGAAAUGUAAUUUACUUCUUUGAUGGUAAAUCUAAAUAUUCAGCAGCCAUUACUCCAGGCUUCAGUGUCACUUGAUCCUUCAGAAAUCAUUCUAAUAUGCUAAUUUUAUGGUAUUUUUAUCAAAUAAAUUCAGCCUUGGUGAGAAUAAGAGACUUUCUUUAAAAACAUUUAAAAAUCUUAAUUAUUCCAAACAUUUGAUUGGUCGUGUAAAUGCUGUAUGUGUUAAUAUUAUUACAUGUUUUAAGGCUUUCUGUUUUGUUGUUUUUCUAUGCAUCAUAAUUCAUGCAUUUUUUAAUUAAUCUACAUUUUAAUUCAUUGUGCCAGUUGUCAUGUUUUCAAAUUUGUAAAAUAUAUAACAGUUUGUUCACACCAUCUGAUAGUGCAUACAUUUAUUGUUGGAUUUCAUUUCAGCAUGUGAGCCCAGCUACAGUUGAUAUUGACUUGAGGUAAUGCGAGUUAAUCUUAUACCAGGACAUGUUCUGAUAAUGUAAAAACUGAUUGCUUUUCAUAAAAAGCCCGACCUAUAAUACUCUGAUUCAACUUUGAUCCAUAUUAUGAGACACAGAGAAGCUUUUGAAUUUCCAUGAUGUUCCAUGAUGAUAAAUGAAAUCUUAUAUUGCUGCAUGCUGUAAUUCCAUCUAUCAUACGUACUGAUGUCAAAUACCAUGUAAUGUGUCUGUAACACUGAGAGCAAUAGCAGUGUGAGGUGUGACAGAGCUCAUACUGAAAUAGUUAUCUGAUAGGUCAGUUCAAAUAUUUUUACAUUUAAUUAAAUGCAACAAUAAAAAAUAUGAAUAUUUCAUUAAUAAUUAACUUAAAAAUACAUGAUAUAUUUUUAAAUAAUCAAAUUGUAUUAUUCAUAUUUAUACAACAGUUCUUUCUGGUCCUCAAAUCUGAUUGGCUAAGAGGAGUGCAAUAUGCUAGUGAU